AUGUCGGCCACACCCAGCCGUCGGCGCAUGGGACCCUCCCAGUCCCACCCGUCAACGCAGUCACCGUCAACAUCACGCAGACAGCCCUCAUCCCGCUCAUACACAUACCAACCCCCCGAGGCACCGCUGACAUUAGAAGGCCAGCGCCAGCUCACAUCCCUUCUUCAAUCAAGCCACCUUCGCAACAUCCGAACCCACCUUCAGCAUGCUACUGAGAAACUCGCUCAAUCCGGCGGCGAAGUCAAUGAGCGCCUCGCAGAUGCCCGCACGCGCUACGAGAAAGACAAAGAGCGCAGACGACGACAAGGCGGUGGGGAUGUAGAAGAAGGCGAAAGUGACCCUGAGUACCAACGCCUCGCCAAGGCAGAAACCAAAGUGGAAGCUAUCACCGCGCAGUUAGAAGAACAGACACGAUCAAUUGUUGAUGCCGAGGUUCGGUUAGAAACCUUGACAAAUGCGAUAGGAGAGCUUGAGAGAGUGGAGGGCGAGGCUGUUACCGCUGCGAUGGGAACGAGGCAGACUCGAGCCCAGCGAUUGAGACAGAUGGCCACUGACGGCGAAGGUGACGAUGAUUCCAAUGACCAUGACUAUGAAGACGCGCAAGAGAGGGAGGCCGCGCAGCGUAACGCGCAACAUCCGCCCAGUCGCCGGCUAGGCGAACAGGUGGCCGAAGAGGUUGAAAAGUGGAAUGAGCUGUCUUUGACAGAAAGAUACGCUAAACACAACUCCUACAUCGGCUUCUUCCGUAUGGUUCACGACUCCAAAUUCCCCAGCGACGACGUGCCCCCACUUCCCCACUCAUCAACGUGGUUUGAGCACCUAGAAGAGCCAGCCGAUGCAGGCACGGGGGCUUCCACCCGCGUGCGCAACCAGAACCGGGCACCAUCAGAAGACGACGAUAUUGCCAUUGCGCGCGAACGCGUGUCCCUCAAGUGCCCACUUACUCUCAUGACUUACGUUGAUCCUGUGACAAGCACCAAAUGCCCACACAGUUUCGAGCGGAAUGCGAUUAUGGACAUGAUCAGUAACAGUCGCACCACUGUUGCGCCUCCGGCAUCUCGCAGAGGCCAGCGCCGCGUUCAUUUUGUCAAAUGCCCCGUCUGCUCUACACCUCUGUCUGCUGAUGACCUACGACCUGAUCCCGUUCUACUACGAAAGGUCCGCCGCGCCCAGGAGCUUGAAGAGCGUGAAGAUGAGGACGACCACCUUGAAGGUGGUCGGAAGAACAAGGAUCGCAAUGUAGGCAUUGAGCUUGGUAGCGAUGAAGAUAGCGAUGGUGAUGCUAUGGAUGUCGAUGCCCAUCUUGCUUCACAGCGGAUCAAAGCGGAACCGCUGAGUCAAGCUGCUCCUAUUCGAAUUGACGAUGAAGGCGAAGACGAAGACGAGGAAGGGGAAGGUGAAGAGGAAGAGGAAGAGGAAGAGGAAGAGGAAGAGGAAGAGGAAGAGGAAGAGGAAGAGGAAGAGGAAGAGGAAGAGGAAGAGGAAGAAGAAACAAGAAUUGACGAGGAUGUGGGAGUCGGGAAUGAGGAUGAGGGGGACUAUGAAGAGGUAAGCGACGAAGAGCUAGUUGACAAAGAGUCAGUGGAAAGCAGUCCAGCCGAGGGCUCAGAGGGUAACAGCCUAGUCGAGGAGCCAGUCGAGGAGCCGAUUGAAACGCCAGUUGAAGAACCAGUUGAAGAGCAUCUCAAAGGACCAUCUGAAGAUCCACUCGACGAAGCACUAGUCGAGGAUUCACCGGAGGAACCAGUUGAGGAUUCAGUCGACGAAAGCUCCCUCGACAGCUCCUUCGACCAGCUCCUCGACGAAGCUUCACUCGACCAAGAGCUUUUCGAUGAAGCUCCCCUCGAUGAAGCGCUAUCUACGGGAGUUCCAGUCGAGAAAGGUCCUCUUGAACAGUCCUUGCGCGAAGACGCCCUCGACGAUGCACCCCUCGAUGCAGUCGAGGAGCUUGUCGAGGAAGAUUCCUUUGAACAGCCCCUCAACGAAGCGUCACUUGAUCAAGUACCAGCCGAGGAGCUAGUCCAGGAGGGGUCCCUUGGAGAGCCCCCUGACCAAGUGCCAUUCCACAAUGAGUCCCUCGACACUGCACCACUUGACGAAGAGCCAAUUGAAGAGCAUCUAAUUGAGGAACAACAAGUUGAGGAAGAGAAAGAGAGGAUAGGGCUAAUUCAAAAUGAGGAAAAACAGGCCGAGGAAGAGCACACUGGGUUGGUUCAAGCGCAGAGCGAGGUAAGUGAGGAAGAGCCCGAAGAAGAGAAGGUCAAAGAAGAGCAGACAGGGCUGAUCCAGGAUGAGGAAGAGCAGGCCCAGGGAGAAGAGACAGGAGUAACUCAAGACAGGAGGAGGGACGAGGCAAGUGUUGAACACCAAGUGGAGGAAGAACAGACACUGAUCACAGAUGAGGAAGAGCAGGCGGGGGAAGAACCAAGUGAUGAGGGAAGCGAGAGCGAGGAAGAUGGUGAUGGAACUUCAACCUCGGGAAAUUCUGACGAUUCAGAGGUUGCACUCAAGGAAGAGGAUCAGGAGAUGGAUUCUGAGGGAGACAGUGAGAGUGAUUGA